AUGGUCAUCGCCAAGCGGGAUUCAGGAGUGACGCCCAGGCCGCAGGCGCGAAUGGUGGUGAUGUUCGUGAAAGUAGUCAUGGUGGUAACCAUCGGGCGUGGUGCGCUCAUGGCCGGGGCGUCCUCCGCCUCAGGCAUCGCACUCGAGGCUAGUCGAUUCGCGUUAGCAACUUGGCCCUGCUGCUGGCUGCCGACAAGAGCUACCGACCGCGCCCAAGAGUUAGACCGCUUGUAUCAGAUGCGACACCCGCCGCGUCGGGGCCACGCGCCGCAGAUAUCAAUCAGCGAUGAGAGCCAUCACGUCACAGAGGCCAUAGGCGACUUGUAUGGCGGCGACAGCGACACCGAGUCCAACCGCCGCAGUCUACGCCCCUUGAGCUUCAUUCCCAGCCCCAACGGCGACUCGAUCCAGUCCUUUGGUGCUUUCGAGGCUUUUGACCCUUUCCCCAACGCGCCCCCCGCGAGAUCCCCGCUCCGCCCCCAGAUGUCUGGCGACAAGGGCAACAGCCCGACAAACUCCAAUGGUGCCGCCGCCAUGCAGCAAAACAGCGCCUCGUUUGACCCUCACCCUUCAAACGGCGCCCAAAUGUCUCCUCCACUGUCCCGCUCAAACUCAGACACGGCCUCACACCAGUUCCCUCUGAACGAUUUGGACUACGAAUCGAGUCCCGCCGGCCUCGCGCAGGAACUGAGCAAUCUACAGGCGAUACGGAGGAUGUCCAUGGGCGUUAACAAUGCCGAUCCCGACCUACCUUCGUUCAAGUCGGCCAACUCGCCCCCAUCGCCGCCGGCCAUGUCGGAAGAGGAGGAGGCGUCGAAGCUAUUCUGGGUCCCCGCACGACUGCAUCCCGAACUGGCGCCCAUGGAGUUCAAGACAUUCAUAGAGGAUAAGAUUGACCGGACCAGACGCCGCUCGGGUGAUGCCGAGUCGCUAUCGCCGGAUGGAGCUGUGGGGCGCCAGGGCUCGGGUGCUGGGUUACGGCGGAAGAAGUCGAUGCUGUCCAGGCAGAUUGAUACUGGCUCGGGAUACAAGGAUGGUGCUGAGAGGCUGGAAAGGAAACGCUCCGGCACGCAGUCUAGUGGAGGUCUGACUAACCUCCAGGAGCUAGAGCACAUCCAAGAGGAUCCAGUGGCUUUGAUAAGACGGAUGAGCAUCGACCAAAAGGACUUUGAUGCUGAAGGCGGUGCCGACGGAGACCUGCCCAUUGUACCGGGCAGCAAGAUGGGCGGCUUAGGGACGUUGAAGCGAUCGACUCGCACCACAUACAGACGGGGCAGUUUGCGGAAAGGAGGCCCACCUCUCUCCCGCCGACUUGCAGGCCGGCAGGCCGAGACGGAUACCGAAGAUUCACCUUCUAGUUCGCCCGUUUACUCGGCCGAAAGCAUACCCGAUGUGCCUCCCUUGCCACUUGCUCGUGUUCAGUCGGAACCCGUCAACUCGGCCUUUGAGAACUCGCCCAGCAAUUUCUCACGACCACAAACGAAACGCUCACCCGCUGGGAUGACUAUGGAAAGACCAGGGUCGGCAGAGGAGCCCCCCAGGCCAGCCUCUACAGAACCAGUAUCACACGAAAAGUCCGGGCCCCAGCCACGGAAGUUCCACUCUAGAAUCGCAUCAAAUGGACGGACAACGGCUCCUUUGCCAGGCUACAACCCCCAGCCGCAGGUACCUCAAAUAAUUGAGACACCACCUCCACAGGAAAAGGACAGGAGACCACCUCAUAUGCAACUACCAGAACGUAAUUCUUCACGCCAGCCUCCACCUCAGUCCCAACCGCAACCUCAGCCAAGCGGCCCUCGCAGCUAUCCCCAGCCCCAACCCCAGCCCCAAAGUCAACCACGACAGUCAUCUUCGAGUCGACAGAACCGACAUGCCCAGGCUGCCCAGGCUGCCCAGUCUUCCCCGAUCAAACCCGCGCAAUCUUUUGAUGAGCUAGUCGGCCAUUCAUCCCCGAUGCCCGGAAUGAGUAACCGAGUGGAUUCCCUAUCAAUCAUCCCCAACGCCCCCGAGGAGAGAAGGUCAGAAGAUAAGAAAUCUGACAGAAAAUCAAAAGACAAAAAGGACGCCGAAGGCCCCAGGAAAACUAGUUGGGGCUGGUUUAGUGGUGAUAAAGACAAGGAGAAGGAAAAGGACAAGAAUCACAAGGACGAAAAGGAAAAGGAGGGGGGUACCAAAAAGGUGAAGAACAAGCUUAGCAAGUCCCAGGAGAAGAACGUCGUCCAUGAUGAUACAAGACUUGAUGUGCUACAAACUUCAAUACAAGGUAGCGGCCGCGGUCGAGAAAGUGUGGUACUGGAUCGCGACAAUGUCAAGCUGGAAGAGGAGCGAAAGAAGGAAAGCGCGCGAAAAACGUCCAGUGAAGGCAAGAAAGAAAAGGAGCCUGGUUUGUUGUCCUCCAUCUUUGGCGGAAAGAAGAAGGGCGAGAAGGAGUCGUCUUACAAGAAGAACUCCUCUCGGGGGCUAUCGCCCGAACCUCCACCACGCAUCUUGAAGCCCGACAUUGAUUACAACUGGACACGAUUUUCCAUCUUGGAGGAACGCGCGAUAUACCGAAUGGCUCACAUCAAGCUUGCGAAUCCCCGUCGCGAACUGUAUUCGCAAGUCCUGUUGAGUAACUUUAUGUACUCUUAUCUGGCAAAGGUUCAGCAGAUGCACCCGCAGAUUUCUAUUGGCAAUUCCAAGCAAGCGAAGCAGGCUCAGCAAGCUCAACAGCAGCAACAGGCUGCGCAGCAGAAGAAAGAGCAGCAACAGCAGCAGCAACAACAACCGCAACAGCAACAAGCUCCACAGCAAGGCCAGUAUGCGCCCCAGCAGCAACAACAACAACAACAACAACAACAGCAGCAGCAGCAGCAGCAGCAGCAGCAACAGCAAUCACAGCCAGAUGAGUUCGCUCAAUACCAGCGGUACCAACAGCAAUACGAGCAAGCCGAAAAAACCAACGAAUGGCCCAGCGUCCAACAACAGCAGGAAAACGGUAUCUCACAACAACAACAACAAUUAUCGCAAAACGGGCAAAAUCCACGUGACUCACAUCACUCUAAUUAUAGUGCGAAUGGCGGUGGUGGAAGUGGGGGUGGCUAUAGUGUCGCCAACACGCAGAAUUACCUGGGGCAGUCGUCGAAUAAAGCUGGUGGUGGUGGUGGUGGUGUUGGUGGGUACCACUAUGCUGCUGAUGCGGAUGCGGAAGUAGAUAAUCGGGGAGAUGACGAUAUGUGGUAG